CGCCGCUGCUGGAGGUGACGUGGAAGCAGAACGGGCAGAGCGUGAGCAGCGGCGUCUUUGAGACCGUGUUCUACACGCGGGAGGACAACACGUACCGCAUGUUCUCCUACCUGCCCUUCGUGCCCGCGCGCGGGGACUACUACGACUGCUCCGUGAAGCAUGAGGGGCUCCCCGAAGGCCUCGUGAGGCACUGGGAACCCGACGUGCCCCCCGCCACAUCUGAGACCACCCAGACCCUGGUGUGCGCCCUGGGCUUGGCCGUGGGCAUCAUCGGCAUCGUGGUGGGCACCAUCCUCAUCAUCAAGGCCAUGAAGAUAAACAGCGCCCACAACCACAGGGGGGUCUUGUGA